AUGGACAGCGAGUGGAGGCGGCCGCCACGAUCGAAAGUGUGGCUUAACUUCAAUAGAAGAACUGCCCAGUCGGCUCAGUGCAAGACUUGCAGUAAGUUUAUAUCGUGCAAAGGAGGGUGCACGACCAACAUGAUGAAACACCUCCGGGUUCAUGGUAUAGAAAUAACACCGUGCACUGUCAUUUGCGCGCUGCGCAGACCUGCCUCCUCCCGCUCCAACCGUCAGCCUACCGCACUGCAGUCAGCAUCAGAAAAACGACCAGAAAUGGCUAAUGUUAGCCAAACAGCUGACCAGACUCAGCCUUGUGCUCCGUUCAUCAUAGAGUCCGAGGAAAAGAUGUCGGUGCAGCAAAUUAACGAGUGUCACAGAAAGGUUAUGGAGUAUAUUGUGAAAAUGUUGCGUCCCUUGUCAGAGGUGGAAUCACCAAGAUUUAGGGACUUGGUGAAAACCCUCAACCCCAUGUACACGCCACCUACCAGGGACUGCUUAUCCAACAAGUUAAUCCCUUCUUGGUAUACGGAGGAGAAGUCCAGUGUGAUCACAGAGCUCAGUGACGUCAGCUCUGUUGCACUCACAUGUGAUGGCUGGAGUAGCAUCACACAGGACCAUUACCUUACCAUCACAGCACAUUACACAGUAGAGGGCAAACUGCAGCAGAAAGUACUAAAAACAAAAGCUGUUUACGAAGCUCAAACUGGUGGUGUAGUGGCAGAGGAAAUCAGUAACAUCCUGACAGAGUUCUGCAUUUUUGACAAAGUUGUGGCAAUCACUGUAAAUAAUGCUGCCAGUAUGGAUGAGGCCAUUAAACGGCUGCAGUUGGUGAAAAUAUGCUGCUUUGCCCACACUCUUAAUAUAGCAACACAACGUCUGUACGCCGUAGAUUCAUUGAAUCAGUGGGUAGCCAAGGUCCGAACCAUUGUUGUGUGGAUGAAGAGGUGCUUGGUGGCAAAGAUGGUUCUCCGGGAGAAGCAAGAACUUUUAAAGCUGCCCCGACACUCGCUCAUUCUAGAUGUGGGAACGCGCUGGGAUUCUUUUUACCUAAUGCUGGAGAGAUUCACAGAGCAGUACCCUGCAAUUCUAGCAACCAGCUUGGAUCAACGGCUGAGCAAGAAUAUGGAAAGAGACAGCCUUGCUCAGCUGACUGAGGAGGAUUUUCGGAGAGCAGAAGACUUAACAAAUCUUAUGAAACUUCUCUACACGUGCACAUGCGUGUCUUCAGAAAAGGGUGCCACGUGCGGACAGAUACUGCCCAUUCUCCAGAAGCUUGAGGCACAUCUGACCGUGAAAGAGGGAGACACGGUGUUUGUAUCCAACCUUAAAAAUCAGAUUUGGGCAAACCUAUCCGAGCACUACCAGAAUGAUGAGAUCAGGAACUUUCUCCAAGUGGCCACUGCGUUGGAUCCGCGCUUUAAAAAGAAGGUGGAUGACGGUGUCUGGGACCAGAUUCAGCGAAAGCUGAUUGAGCAGUCAACAGAGAAAGACUGUGGAGAUCAUGGGGUCACUGUGAAGUCUGAGAAUGAGGGAGUGAAGGAAGAGGAGGAGAUGUGUAUGAUAGCUGAAAUGGAACCGCCUCUCUGCAAAUUGUCCAGAAAGACUCCACUGGAGGAGCUUUUUGAAGAGGAAGAUGCACAGCUCUUAAUGUCGCUGAAGAGCUCCAUGUCCAUUAAGAAACGAGCGGAGAGAGAGCUGCAGCUGUACCAGAAAGUUCCAGCGACCACGGAGGCUCUGGAGGACCACAGGCCGCCGAGCGGAGCUCUCAGCCCGGGCAUUGGGAGCUGCAGUGGAGGGGUGUCCACCGACCGGGGCGGGGGGUGUUGGGUGGAGCUGCUGUCCGAGCUGAGGAAUGUGACACACGGACGAGACGGAGACCUGCAGGUCGGUGCUUUCACCGAGGAGAGCGGAACUCGUCGAAGAGGGAACGAGCAAGAAAGUGACAAGCCAGGUGAGAUGGUGAAAGUCCAUCCUAUCUCUGCUAUUCCUGCAGAGGUGAACGGGUAA